AUGCCAAGCGCCGCGCUGCUGCUGGAAGAAGCCUUUGGCAAGCACAUGCUGACGGGCGCCGCCGAGUGGCGCGAGGUCCCGGACGUUGUUCGCUCGUCCUUGUAUGUGCUCCAAAAAGUUCUUUUGCAUCUCGAUGCGCGGCUGUCGCGCUGCGAGACGGACAAACCGUCGUCGUCGGCUCUUCUCGCAACGCUGCAGAAGUCAUUGCGCGGCGUCGAAGCCGACUGCCAGGGCCUCGUGACAAGCACGGUCACCGCGGCGACGGCACCGCUGGAGGCAAGCGUCGCCCGGCUCAAGAAAGCUGUCGCCCAUCGGCUUCAGACACAGCAAGAAGCGACGCAGGCACUGACGACCCAAAUCCAAGAGCUACAGGCGCACGCACGCGAGGCCGAUGAUGCGUACAAGCACAAGCUCAACGAGCUCGGGCGACGCGCCGCGACGCACGCCGGCAGCCUCGCCCACUACGACUUGCUCGAGAAGCUCGAGAUGCGCUGCAAGACGCUGGAGCGACACGAGGCCCGUUGA